AUGUCUUCUGGUUAUUUAAGCCCAAGUUAUCCGUCAGAUUCAUUUCACAUCAGGCGGAAGCCCGUGUCAAAUCCGAACUUGCGAGCUACGGCGCAUGCCGAUCAGCGAGAAGCAAUAGCUUAUGCUGCCAGUACUCGGUCUCUUGUGGCCCCAUCAUCACAGCCCCCAUCAUAUACGGACCUUUAUGGACCACCACCUCCUAGGCCUGUAAGUCCAGGCUCACUGCCGCGACCAAGGACAGCAGGGCCAACUUCAUAUCCGACUCCUCCGCCGACGCCUGUUCAAAAGGCAUACAGCGAAGCCCGGCAUUUCCUCACUGGUCUAAUCAGUCGCCCGACGGAAUCAAACAAGCAUGUCACCAUUUUACGACAUUCCCAUGGGCUGAUCUUUUACCGUGGACCCACUACAUCGGUCGCUAUAUCAAUCUUCUCUGAUUUCCCCUUACCACCUGAACACACCUUGUGGCUGCAGAGCAAAGGUUGGAGCGGGAAGACCGGGAUGCAAUUCAAGUCGUUCCUCCGUCUCCGAGAUAGCUGGCUUGACGUGACCCCGGGUAUGCCGUUGAGGGCCGACCAGGUAUCUCCGGAUGAUGAACGAGCUUGGCAACGCGACAUCAAGAAAUUUCGAAAGAAGGCCCCGCCCCGUCCGCGUGAUACACACCAGCUACGUGAAACUGCCGUUGUGCGGAUUCCAGCCGAAGCAGGUGAUGGUUACUUCCAGCUAGUUCUCUGCCAAGGGCUCAAGAAGAAGGUGCUUGGCAAUAGCCCCGUGUUCCGGGUGCUCUCUACAUCCACUGCCCCCAGCUCUAUCCGUGGCGCAAGCUUGAGCACGCUGCCUCUGGAGGUUGGGGCUAUGGUUGUGAGCCUUUACGCCCAAACUGCAGCGCGAACCGCGGCAGGUCCGGCCGCCAUGGCUGUUAAAGCCAAAGCUGCUCCGUUUCGUCCGUCGUGGGUGACAAAGACUGCGAUCCAAAAGGCUUACACGACUAGUGGUAUCGAGAACCGCGUGGGCGGUAUUAUCAAUGGCCCUAAAGGACCUAUUGGGCGACCUCAGGUAAAUCUAGCAGCUCCAGAAAUAGCUGGAAGCAGCUCGGUUCCUAUCGACGUCGGUCCUCAGCCACCGUUUCCUAUGACAUUCAAAGCUCGCUGUCAAACCGAUCAAAUCUCAUACCCCAACAACCCCGACUGCAUAUCGAAGUUGAGCUUGACUAGAACGCCCGACUGGGUGACGGAGCAGCUAAGGGGUUACUUCUUCGGCUGGGCUCGAUUCGAGACCGGGUCGAGCAAAGGUCCCUCGACUGAUGAAUGGUGCCCAGCUAUCUUGUCUGUGCGGGCAUUGGAUCCUCUCCAGGCGGCGAGAGUAAAUCUGGCUCAAAUAUCAAAACGCGUGGUCGCAGUUCGCCUCCUCGAGGAUGUUCCUCUGCAAACAAGCAAAAUCGAGAUUCGUGUUUUGGGAUACCUUCGCGCUGAAAUUCCACCACCCACUGGGACUACGAGCAAAGAACUCACCGAGGCGCAAGCGGCAGCUGCAGAGGCGGCUCUGCUCGCUGAUGUAUACGACGCAUCUGUUGUACAGGAUACCCUGGCUCAUCCCGCGUGGGCCGCGGAACACCUGGCCAUCUCAAACUUUCAAAAAAGCUCGAAUUGGAUUGAUCGCACAGUCGAGGGAUAUACAGAUAUCCUCACCCGUGGACAGAAGUUGGUAGAGCAAGUUCCAUUACACCUGAUUGGAGUUCGCUCUGUCACCGACGAGCUCAGAGAGAGCCAAGUUGCCGUAAAUGGGUUCUAUGUUGUCCGCUAA